AUGAAAUACUCUCAGAUAUGCAAGGAAUUUCCAAGAAAUUUCCAAGGAAUUUCCAAGGAAUUUCCAAGGAAUUUCCAAGGAAUUUCCAAGGAAUUUCCAAGGAAUUUCCAAGGAAUUUCCAAGAAAUUUUCAAAGAAUUUCCAAGAAAAUUCCAAGGAAUUUCCAAGGGAUUUCCAAGAAAUUUCCAAGGGAUUUCCAAAGAAUUUCCAAGGAAUUUCCAAGGAAUUUCCAAGGAAUUUCCAAGGAAUUUUUAAGGAUUUUCCAAGGAAUUUCCAAGGAAUUUCCAAGGAAUUUCCAAGGAAUUUCCAAGGAAUUUUUAAGGAUUUCCCACGGAAUUUCCAAGGAAUUUCCAAGGAAUUUCCAAGGAAUUUCCAAAGAAUUUCCAAGAACUUUUCAAAGAAUUUCCAAGGAAUUUCCAAGGAAUUUCCAAGGAAUUUCCAAGGAAUUUCCAAGGAAUUUCCAAGGAAUUUCCAAGGAAUUUCCAAGGAAUUUCCAAGGAAUUUCCAAGGAAUUUCCAAGGAAUUUCCAAGAAAUUUCCAAGGAAUUUUCAAGGAAUUUUCAAGGAAUUUCAAAGGAAUUUCCAAGGAAUUUCCAAGGAAUUUCCAAGGAAUUUCCACGAAAUUUCCAAAGAAUUUCCAAGGAAUUUCCAAGGGAUUUCCAAGGAAUUUACAAAGAAUUUACAAGGAAUUUACAAGGAAUUUAAAAGGAGUUUACAAGAAAUUUACACGAAAUUUACAAGAAAUUUACAAGAAAUUUACAAGAAAUUUACAAGGAAUUUACAAGGAAUUUACAAGGAAUUUACAAGGAAUUUACAAGGAAUUUACAAGGAAUUUACAAGGAAUUUACAAGGAAUUUACAAGGAAUUUACAAGGAAUUUACAAGAUAUUUACAAGGAAUUUACAAGGAAUUUACAAGGGAUUUACAAGGAAUUUACAAGGAAUUUACAAGGAAUUUACAAGGAAUUUACAAGAAAUUUACAAGGAAUUUACAAGGAAUUUACAAGGAAUUUACAAGGAAUUUACAAGGAAUUUACAAGGAAUUUACAAGGAAUUUACAAGGAAUUUACAAGGAAUUUACAAGGAAUUUACAAGGAAUUUACAAGAUGGUCAAAAUCACCUCAAUCUAUUCAACAAUCGACAACAACCAAAGAAAAAACGAAAAUCAAGGACAGCAUUCACCAAUCAUCAAAUCUUCGAGUUAGAAAAACGAUUUUUGUACCAAAAAUAUCUUAGUCCUGCCGACAGGGACGAAAUCGCCUCGUCCCUCGGGCUAACGAACGCUCAAGUGAUUACGUGGUUCCAAAAUAGGCGCGCAAAACUAAAACGUGAUAUGGAAGAAUUAAAAAAAGACGUGGAAAGCGCCAAAAUAUUGAGUGCUCAUAAAAGUUUUUUAGAAAAUGUGACCGAUUUGGGUAUUUUGAAAAAAAAGGCUGUUAUUAAUGAGGAGGACUGUCCGAAAAACUUAGUCAUAUCGGAGAAGUAG